AGGCACACAAAGGAGCUCCAAGGUCGACGGAGGUUGCAGGUCGCCGUAGACGGUAGACCGUGUAAGAUCACGGACCCCCGUCCCCAUUUGAAUAACCUUUAUGUGUAUCUGGGAGUGACCGAGGGCCCCCACACAAUGGAGUGGGAUGAUUUUACUAGCAGUUCAGGUUGUGGGCUCUCCUGCAAGCUGCUGUUACUCGAACCGUGCCCUGCGCAAUAGGAGCCGGCUGGGGGGUCCAUUUGCAUGCGAGGGCUGCCUGAAUGAGGGGGCCAGAUUCUCACUGCCUGGCAUGCAAACCAGUGGGGGGGGAGCAGUUAAAGCAGCACACAGGUGCGCCCCAGAAGCCCCUCCCCCCGCAGCCUGGUGAGGGAAGAGAAGUGCUAGGGAAAUGAGUGCAGUGAUUUUUCUUUACCUGUAUGGGUUCAGGGCUGGGCCGUGGGGCUGGGGGUGCACAGGUGAUCCAGGUAAGAUGACACCCCCUUCAUGAGCCGCACACGCAGGAAUAAACGGAGAGGCAACUGAAUGCGAGGACAGUUCUGCGGGGGCAGCGGACACGUAAACACUUAAGAGAGCCGAACCGAAGGCCAGCAAUGCCACGCUCCUUCCUGGUGAAGAAGAAGCAGGGCGUCUGCGGGGGAUGGAGGUGGAGGGAUCCUGAGGAGAGGGGCCCUGUUGCAGAUCACCACACAGGUGAGGAGAGGCGGCAUCAUCCACUGCCUUCCCUGCUGAGAGAAUACUUCUGCCCCUCUGUCCUGUCCCACAUCACCUACCCCCACCUCCCGCCUAGAGACCAGCGCGCUACCACAGCCAAGUGCCCGCACCCAAACAAAAGAGGCUGCCCAGGGCUGCCACGCACUGCCCCCAGCUCGGGGGACUUCCUGUGUGCUGUGUGCCACAAGGUGUUCCCCCUGCAGCGCAUGCUCACCCGCCACCUCAAGUGCCACAGCCUCGUGAAGAGACACCUGUGCAGGUACUGCGGCAAGGGCUUCAACGACACCUUCGAUCUCAAGAGGCACAUGCGCACACACACAGGCAUCCGGCCGUACCGGUGCGACCUGUGCGAGAAAGCCUUCACGCAGCGCUGCUCGCUGGAGUCGCACCUGCGCAAGAUCCAUGGUGUGACGCAGCAGUAUGCGUACCGCCAGCGUCGCUCCAAGAUCUUCGUGUGUGAGGACUGCGGGUUCACCUCGGCGCGGCCCGACGACUACUUCCAGCAUGUGCGCCAGCAGCAUCCGGGCAGCCCUGCCCUGAGACGCUACUAUCGCAAGCAGGCCCACGAGCAGGCAUCCGCAGUGGUGACGGCAACCACAACCGCAGCCUCAACUGCAGCAGUACCCUCCACUAUGGAGCACAAACUGAGUCCUCUGAUGCUGUACCCCCAAGUGAGGUAUUUUGUCUGA